UCUCUCCCCUUUCUCUCUUCCCUCUCUUCCCCCUUCAUCAAGAAUCUUAGAUCUUGCUGUUAUUCUUCGAGCAUUUUUGGAUUAGAAUUCUCAGGACAGCUUUCAUGCCAAUUGGAUGGCCCAAACAUCAUGAAAUAACGCUUAUGAUUUAAGGAUGUAAACAUGGACAAUCAGGAAUGUUCAACCUACAGUACUUUUAUAAUUAUAUUAUAAGUUUACAUAUACACUGGUUAAAUGAAUGUUUAUAACUAUUGAUAAAUAGCGGUAUUGUACUAUCUGCUCUUUGAGUACUAUGAAUUCCAAAUGAGAUAUUGCCUGCAUGACUUUAACAGGUAUCUAUUUCUGUGAAAGACGAGCAAUUUACUAGCAUUUCAUACAUCUGUUUUAUUAUAACAUUUUUUAACCCAAAGAUAUUUAUUUUCUUAUCAAUCAUGAUUAUCACUCGUAGUAGCACCACAGAUACACUGGAUAAGAAAGGUUCUAGGGUUAAAAGGAAGUCCAUACAUAAGGCAAUUUGUCCAUGUUGCAAUGUACCUGAAAAGGUCAUCACCAAAAGCCCCAAAAUAGUAAAAAGAAUUCAAAAGAAAAAUUCUCUUUGCAAUGUUUGCGGUAAGAAAUUUUCUCGAGCCAAUUUGGAGAGACACAGCAGGGUCCAUACCGGCGAGAAGCCCUUCGCUUGCCAGCACUGCCAGAAAAGUUUUUCGAACGAGGCCAACAGGACACGACACGAGUGCGGGCACACAGGACUGAAGCUCUUCAAAUGCAGACAGUGCGGGAAGGGAUUCUCUCGCAAAGAAGGCUUGAAGUGCCACCAGAGGGUUCAUUCGGAUGCUCGACCUUUCGAGUGUAAGAUUUGCUCAAGAACUUUCAAACACAAGUCCCACGUGUAUGCACACGAGCGCUUUCACACGGGCUACCGACCGUACAAGUGCGAGCAGUGUGGGAAGGCCUUCACGCAGAAUGCCGACCUGAAGGCGCAUAUGCGCGUUCACACUGGGGAGAGACCUUACGCUUGCUCCAUCUGUCAGAAGACGUUCACGAGACGUCCCAUUCUCAUUCGCCACAAGCUAAUCCACACGGGGCUACGUCCGUACAGCUGCAAGGAAUGCGGGAAGACGUUUCUUCAGGAUUCACAUUUGAAACGUCACGCCAUCAUCCACACGAAUGAGAAACCGUUUCAGUGUGAACAGUGCGGGAUGUCGUUCAACGUCAAGUCCAAUCUCCGCGCCCACGAACGCCUCCACCUGGGGUUAAAGUUCACGUGCGAAAUCUGCGGGAAAGGUCUGCAGCAUCGCGCCUCACUCACCCAUCAUCGGCGCCUGCACACCGGCGAACGCCCCUUCGUCUGCAACUACUGCAUGAAGACGUUCAACUCCAGCACGCGUCUCAAACAGCACGUUCGUUUGCACACGGGCAGCAAGCCGUUCGCCUGCGACGUGUGUGGCAAAGCCUUCCGAACGAGCAGCGACCGGAUCAUCCACAGACGCAUACACAGUGGGGAGAGGCCGUUCGUGUGUAAGAGAUGCGGAAAGGGGUUCGUCAAAACAAGCGCGCUGACAAAACAUAAGAAAUUAAAAUGCGAUGAAGUGUAAUCGUGAAGACCAGGGAUGCCAGUUUUCAGGCAAUGGCCUGAAUUCAGGCCCUGGCAAGUUAUUUUCAAAGCAUAGUUUAGGCUUUCUUGUGUACAAAAUACCUCUUUCUAGGUAAUUUUCAGGCCCUCUGAUCAAUUCCAACUGGCAUCCUUGUGAAGAUGUACUUGCCAAUUUGGUCUAAGCCACUAAAAUGUGCCAACAAUAGCCAAACAUGAUCUUAUCACACCAUGCCAAAUCAGGCCUGCAAUGUUUUUUUUUUUCAUAGAUGAAGGUCUUGCUUAUUUCGUUGUGCAAUUCAUGCCAAGCAAUGACAAUCAGUGUUUAGGAAAGUAUUGUACAUGUACAUGUACAGUACAUUAUAGGGUUAUUAAGAGUGAAUAAGCAAGUUUGUAGAUGUUACACGUAUGUGCACAUGGGCAGAUAAAGGUAAUUUGGUAAAAACUAAAAAUUCAUCGAGACGACUACGGGGUCUGUGUUCACAAAGUUAUGUAAUACAUCAUUAAUUCACCAACAGCACGUUCUAUAAAACACACGUGGAAGGAUUUUCAUGAAGGCUAUGAAAAGGUAUUUUUGAUAAAGCACCAUGAAUUUUGGUGGUGAUUGUUCUCGAAUGCUGAAAGUGGGAUUUGAAUAACGAUCUGUUGAUGUUUUUCGGUCAUUUUUACCAUGUGCUAUCUACAAACUAAUCUAUUACAGUCUUAGUACAGUCAAACCUGUCUUAGUGGCCACCUCUAUAUCAAAGUCACCUGUGUGUAGUGGUCACCUGUAUUGCCUCCGUUUUGGAGAAAACGUGUGUUGAAGAACCUAUCUAGAAAGGCCACCUGUUAAUAGUGGCCAGUUUAUGUGUUUCCCUUUGGUUUCUUGAAUAGACAGGUUUGACUGUAUUUCCCAUUUCUCACAGGCUGUAAUGCCUGGGAUUUCAUUUGUUCUACAGUUUCAUGUAAUCAUGUUGAUGUUUCAUUGAAGCUAGAUCCAAGAUUCUGUUUAAAUUUUCAUUGAUUAAUCUGGGCUUGACAUUAUUAAGGUAUAGACCAGUUUUGAAAAUGCCCCCUCUCUCAAAAAAUGAAAUGGAAGCUCUAAUUACCAAUCAUGUAAAAGAAUAUGU